AUGAACCAUUUAUCAUGGGUUGAAAAGGGACGGGCCAAUAGCAACGCAGAAGUUUCAUACAAAGGUGCCUUGAACAGGCAGGGAAAUGGGGUUCUCGUGGCUCCAUUGGAUAUCCCUGAUGAUGAUUCAGAGGCAUCUCCUACUGAGCCUAUGAGCGGAAAAUUGGGCAUGAAUGCACGAAUUCAUUCCAACCACGAGGGAUGCCAAGCAGCUCUUUCAUCUCCUCCUAGUGGAGGCUACUCACUCAUUGUAGUCAUUAACCUCCUCAAUGGGCCAAUAGACAGAAAGUUAGUGCUUCUACCCGACCGUAAUAGUCUCAUUUCGUUCAUAAAGAGCUUAGCAAACAUCUAA